AUGAUUUCCUCCUCUUCUUAUCAGCAUAUAUUUGACGAGGAUGACACCUACAAUGCCAAAUUUUUUCAAUCAAUAGCUAUUUAUAGUCUUCAAAUUGAAUUUCUCAUGGCAAAAAUAGGAGCUGUUUUGAACAUACUUCAUAUAUUUAUUUUGACUAGAAAAUCUAUGAUGAUAUCUUCAGUGAAUUCGAUUAUGAUCGGAAUUGCAAUUUGUGAUUGUAUUUGUAUGAUUAUUAUCGUUAAAAAUGGGAUUUUGGUUAGGAGUUUGGUGCAAGAAUGUGCACCACCGCUGUCUCAGUUCGAAGCUCAAUUUGAUUUUUUCUUAACGGCAGUGCAUAACGCGCUCCGUCGAUGUUCUGCGUGGCUUGGAAUGCUAGUUGCAGUGGUCAGAUAUUUUGUAAUAAGAAAUGUUACUAAUAUCAGAGCCCAAGUUUCGAUACCAAAAUAUGGCGUCAAAGUGUCUAUAAUUGCAUUUUUCACAAGUUGCGUGGCAUCAAUAUUCUUCUAUUUUCACGUGGAUAUUCUUGAAGUCGCUACAUGGACUCCAAAAUCUGAUUGCGAAGACUUCACAGAUAUGACCGCUAGACCUGUUCAUGGACAAGUUUCCAAUGAAAUAUUUGAAUGGAACAAUGCCCUUUUUGCAAAACUUAGAUUAUAUAUGGAGUGCGUAUUCUCAAAGCUGAUCACAUGCUUUGCGUUGCCAAUUCUUUCCGGUCUGCUGAUUACUGAAAUGAAAAAGUCUGCGGAAGUAUCAAUAAAAAGUUUUAAAAAAUCACGUAAAGAUCUAACAACAGUAAUCACAAUUUGUAUAGCAAUUUCCUAUUUUGUAUCAGAGUUUCCUCUGGGAAUAAUUUACUUCUACAAAGCAGUCUGGAGAGGCAACUUGACGUAUUUAAACCUUGCAGAAAACGUAAAGUUAUUCUGCCAUUCCUUGUUCACUAUAAACGCUUCAAUUCAUUGUCUCAUAUGUUUUUCAAUGUCUCAUCAGUAUCGAAAAACAUUUUUCAAGUGUUUAAAGAAUUUAAAUUGUUUGAGUAAAAAGGUUCAGGAAUAUAUUUUUAACAUAAUUUUUAUGGCUACGUUUUAG